AACUUAAGGGUGAUGUGGUGGCUGCUCCUCUUUGUAUGUGCCUGUCAUGGUGCACCAACUCAUGACACAUUCACCGUGUCUGCUCCCAAUGGUCCACUCUCUGUCUGGAUUGGAUCCUCGAUCAUCCUGCCCUGUUCAGUCUCUCCUGCAUUUACUGCAUCACUACAGGUGCGCUGGCACCGGCCUGAUAAGUACAAAACUCCAGUUCUGCUUUAUGAGAACCGACAGGUCCAGGAACAGCCUGCUGACCCUCAGUACAAGGGCAGGGUGUCCCUGAUAGGACAGCUGGAGAAGGGGAACGUGUCCCUGAAACUGGAGAACGUCUCACUGGCAGACAGUGGAGAGUUUGUGUGUUUUGUUGCUGGGGAUACGUGGUAUGAGCAGGCCAGUGUUCACCUCAUUGUUAAAGUGAUGGGUUCCCCACCGGUCCUUUCAGUCACUUAUGGAGGCAGUGGGCAGGUGAACAUUACCUGUGUGUCAGAUGGUUGGGCUCCGCAGCCUAAUCUUACCUGGAGAAACAAUGGAGUCACAGAAAUCCCCAGUCAGAACCAUCACAGUGCAACAGAUGAUCAUGGACUUGUGAGUGUGACUUCCUGGCUGGUUCACUCUUCCUCUGGUUCCGAGUGGGUUGCGUGCUCUGUAGGUCUGCCUGAAGAGGAGAGAAAAGAGAGCAGGAUCUCACCAUACAUCUCUGGGGCUGACACAGUGGAACUGGAGAGGAUACUGAGGGACAAAGAGGCAGAGAUGGAGCGUCUGAAACAGAAGAGUGAAGGCCCUUGGAAAGAAGUCUUCAUUAGUUUUCUUGUUCUGUUGCUACUGUCCUCUGCUACGGUAUUUGUGUUGUAUAGAAAAGGCUUUAUAAAAUGUAAAGACUUAAAGGAAGCAGAAGCAGAGUACAGAAAACAGGACAAAUUGGAGACAGAGAGCCUACUGAAGACACAGAGUGAGGAGGUGGAGACUCUGAAAAAGACGAUUACAGAGCUGCGAAGUGAACUGGAUAAGAAUAAGGGAGAAGUGGAGGCACACAAGCAGCAGAUUACAGAGCAACAGAGUCAACUGGAUGAGAGUAAGGGAAAAGUGGAGACACAGAAUCAGCAGAUUGAAGGCCAACUGAAGAAAGAGAGGGAGGAAGUAAAGUCUCUGAAUCUGACGAUUACAGCACAAGUUAAAGAGUUGGAAGAAAGUGGGGCAGAAGUUGAAAGAUUGAAGCAAGAAAGCAGAGAGCUGCAAAGUGAACUGGAUAAGAAUAAGGGAGAAGUGGAGGCACACAAGCAGCAGAUUACAGUGGAACUGGAGAGGAAACUGAGGGACAAAGAGGCAGAGAUGGAGCGUCUGAAACAGAAGAGUGAAGCACAAGUUAAAGAGUUGGAAGAAAGACUGAUAGCCAGUGGGGCAAAAGUUGACAGAUUGAAGCAAGAAAGCACAGGUGCCUUCCCUCAGAAUCAUGCACUACUACUGACCUGGGACAUAUUGAAAGGUUUUAAAGAAAGCCCCAACAUGGAUGAAGCCAGUAUACAGGGCAACUUCAGAAUAAAAGGAAAAAGAGUGCAAUGUGUUAAACCAAACUGUGAUCAACCACUAAAUACUUACCAUUUCGUUCUUUGUAAAGACACAUUCAGUUCAGGACAACACUACUGGGAAAUGAGGAUAGAGAAUAAACUAUCCUGGUUUGUAGGGGUUUGCAUUGACACACUGAGAGGACAGGAAGGAGUACCUUUAACUCUUCAGAAUGGCUGCUGGCUUCUCUGUUAUGACGAAGACAAGGGUUUCUUUGUUAACACUGAACCGAUAACUCCACUCCAGGUGACCAUUUCAUUCAAAAUACUAGGAGUGUUUUUAGACUGUUUUGGGCAUUCUUUGACCUUCUAUGAUGCUGAGUCCCAUUCAUUGCUCUGCACUUUCCAUGAUGUGAGAUCAGCUCACCCACUGGUCCCUGUGCUUAGCCCUGGAGUUAGAGAAAACAAACAUGUACUAAUCCUCUAGCCAUACUCUAGUAAUGCUCUAAUGAUAAAGAUGUGGAUUAUGGAAUGAAGAAAACAAAUUAAAUGUGAUAAUCAAA